CUUUUUCCUAGUAGUCACCUGUUCAACCGUUUUCUGAAAGUUAGAAUUUUAUUGCGUAGCAAUAAUUUGUAGUUAAUCAGAUUUGUUUUUAUUGCAGAUUGAAAGCCUGUCCAGAGAGCGCUGUAGAUGGCCUCCAACGCUGAAAAGAUGCCUGAGGACGUUAAAAUGUCAACAAAAGAAGAAGAGGAAGACAUUGUUAAUCCGUGGACUGUUGUUAGUUCUUCUGAAAAAGGAGUAGACUAUAGUAAACUUAUCAAAAGGUUUGGGAGUACUGAAAUCGAUAAAGAGUUGAUUGACAGGAUGGUCAAGCUAACAGGAAAACCGCCUCACCACUUCCUACGACGGAGCAUCUUCUUCUCUCAUAGAGAUAUGCAUCAGAUACUUGACCUUGUGGAAAAGAAGACAGGAUUUUAUUUGUACACUGGGAGAGGACCAUCUUCAGAAUCUAUGCACCUGGGUCAUUUGAUUCCAUUUAUAUUCACAAAAUGGCUUCAGGACACCUUUGAUGUUCCUCUAGUGAUCCAAAUGACCGAUGAUGAGAAGUUUCUGUGGAAGGAUCUGACCAUUGAAGAGACAAACAAACUUGCCCAUGAGAAUGCCAAAGAUAUAAUUGCCUGUGGCUUUGACAAGGACAAGACAUUCAUCUUCAGCGAUGUAGAAUAUAUUUCGGGAAGCACAGAAUUUUAUAAAAUGAUGUGCAAGAUACAGAAACUUGUCACGUUCAAUCAAGUGAAGGGAAUAUUUGGAUUCACUGAUAGUGACAGCAUUGGUAAAAUUAGUUUCCCUGCUAUUCAAGCCACACCAAGUUUCAGUUCAGCAUUUCCUCAAAUAUUCAAUGGAAAGAAAGACGUACCUUGUCUUAUUCCGUGUGCAAUUGAUCAGGAUCCAUAUUUCCGCAUGACACGUGAUGUAGCACCACGACUGGGACUUCUCAAACCAGCAUUGCUUCAUUCAACUUUCUUCCCUGCAUUACAAGGAGCCCAUGGUAAAAUGAGCGCAAGUGAUCCAAAUUCGUCUAUAUUUUUAACAGAUUCGGAUGAACAAAUAAAAGCAAAGAUCAACAAAUAUGCUUUUUCUGGGGGAAAGCCCACCGAAGAAGAACAUAGAAAACAUGGUGGAGACUGUGACACUGAUGUGUCGUACCAAUAUCUGACAUUCUUUAUGGAAGAUGAUGAUAAAUUGGCAGAUAUCAAAUCGAGGUAUUCAAGUGGUAAGAUGUUAACAGGGGAGCUGAAACAGGAAUUAAUUACUGUUCUGCAAAAGCUUGUUGGAGAGCACAGGAAGAAACGAGUCGACGUCACUGAUAAUUUAGUAAAUGCAUACAUGAAAUCAAGGAAAUUGAAAUUUGACUAUUAAACAUAUAUUCAAUUAUCAAUCUUCAUCAAAUUAACAGAACUCUUGUUUUAACAGAACACUAGUUAAUAUGAUUAUUGUAUAUUGUUAUAAAAAGACAAUUUUUUAGACCACAGUCAAAACAUUGAAACGGUGAGAUGAAUGUUGUAUUAUAUUUAAAUGUACUAUAUAAGAAUUGACAUCGGUAUAGUGAAAUGUUGUUCUGGUUGUCUCUCUUUUCUAAUAUUUGACUUUUUUCUGGUAUAGAUUAAGAUUUUAGUAAACUGCUUUCAUAAUUAUUUUCUCUAAACUUUAUGUACUAAG